AUGCUAUUGCGUUUGAUAACAAAUAAACUUAUUUAUUUUAAAAGCGAUUUCAAUAAAUCCUACGCCACCCCAGAAGAAGAGAACCACCGGUUCCGAAUAUUCCAGGAAAACCUCGAUAAAAUCCAAACCCACAAUGCCAGAUACGAAGCCGGACUGGAAACCUUCUACAUGGGAAUCAACCAAUUCACCGACAUCGAUGCAGCGGAAUUCCGCCAAUCCAUCAAAAAAACCCACCAACCUCUACCUAACAACUCGGUAAGAAAAGGCAUAAAAGAUUUCCGCGUAGAAGACGUCCCGGAGUCCAAAGAUUGGGUUACAGAGGGCGCAGUCCUUCCAAUUCGGGACCAAACAACAAACUGCAGAUUCGGCGAAUGGGCCUUCAGCGCCGCCGCAGCAUUGGAGGGCCAAAACUUCAUCAAAAACAAAAAAUCCUACGCGCUGAGCCCCCAGCAGCUGAUCGACUGCGACAAGGGCUGGAACGACGGUUGCGCCUCCGGCGACGCCACAGCGGCCUUCGAGUACACAGUAGCCAACGGAUUGAGCUCCGAAGACGAGUACCCCUUCAGGCAAGCGACCCUACCCUGCGACGGCUCGCGCCUCAAAAGUAACGUCACCGCGUCCGGUUUCGUCAAACUCGACGCCGGCGAGGACGUCCUCAAGGCGGCGGUGGGUACCGCGGGGCCGGUGACGGCGAAGAUUUACUUCGGGCCGAUGCAGCACUACGCCGGCGGCAUUCUCGCGUCGAUGGAUUGCUUCAACGAUAUGACGUUUAUGGAUUUCACGGUGCUGGUGGUGGGUUAUGGCGCUGAUGGGGACCAGUUGUACUGGUUGAUCAAGAACUGCUGGGGCACGACUUGGGGCGAGAAGGGGUACUUGAAAUUGGCUAGGGAGGCGAACUACCAGUGUGGUAUCGGUUUGGAUUGUUCCUAUCCGCUUUUGUAA